CCGAGUCCGGCUGCCGGGGCGCUCGCAGCACCUAGGGCCCGGGCGGCAGGAGCCCGUUACAGGGCGGCCCGGUCCCUGCCCCUGGGCUGUGAGUGGGGCACCGCUGUGCGGUGGGGGGCUGUGAGCCCGGACUCCUGGGUUCUCCUCCGGCUCUGGGAGGGGAGGGGGACUCGUGGGUAUAAGAGGGCCCCGGCCAGACUCUGCAGCGUGUGUCACAGAGCUCACACCCAUGUCCCUGCCCAGCGCCAUGGCGAGGGCCGCUGCCCCGUACAGAUGCCGUGUUCUGGCCUCGGUGCUGGCACUGAAGGAGCUGGUGCCCAGGCUGGCUGCCCCUUCCCCCCGCUCAUUGUGCCGGGCCCUGCACACCUCAGGUGCCACCCCCGCCGGCCACAACAAAUGGUCCAAGGUCAAGCACAUCAAGGGCCCAAGGGAUGUGGAGCGCAGCCGGCUCUUCCAGAAGCUCACCAUGCUGCUGCGCGUCGCUGUGAAAGAAGGGGGACCCAACCCUGAUCUCAAUACCAACCUGGCCAACAUCAUUGAGCAGUGCCGGAGCAAGAGCAUGCCCAAAUCAUCCAUUGAGGUGGCCAUCAAGGGAGGGGACAAAGGGAAGAGCUCGUACCUGCUCUAUGAAGCCAGAGGCCCUGGGGGAUCUGCGCUGCUCAUUGAGGUGCUGACGGACAAUGCAAAGCGAACCUACCAGGAUAUUCGGCUCAUCCUGAAACGCAAUGGGGUGCAGAUGUCCGACGGGGCCCGGCACAGCUUUGACAAGAAGGGGGUGAUCACGGUCAGCGGGCACGACUCUCAGCAGAGGCCAGUGGCCCUGGAGCAGGCCCUGGAGCUGGCGAUCGAGGCCGGGGCCCAGGAUGUUUGGGAAGAAGACGACGAGAAGGAGCAAGCAGUUCUGAAGUUUGUGUGUGAGGUGCCAUCACUGCACCAGGUGCGGCAGAAGCUGGACUCGAAGGGGCUACAGUCGCUCUCCGCUGCCCUGGAGUUCAUCCCCAAUGCCAGGGUGCGGCUGACCGAUGAGGAGAUGGAGCGGGCAUCCCAGCUGCUCUCCAUGCUGGGCGACUGCCAGGAGGUGAUCCGGGUCUACGACAACAUCGAGGUGAACCAUCCCCAUCGCAGCUCUCCAGGUGCCAACACUGGGUGCAAUCUGGCGGCACUCUCUGGGGCAGAAACCCUUGCUUCUGAGGAUGGGGCGUGUUCUCUGAGGCAUCUUAUGGCUCCUAACUUCGUCCCCUGGGAUUUGUGACCUGAAUGCCUCGGCUCCCCUCUUGAGUCUGAUCCAGCAGGCCUUCUGCAGUAAGGCCUCCCUGCGUGAUGCUCUGGCAUGUCCCCCUCCAUGGGAUGGGUGGAGGGAACUUCCUCUGCACCCAUACAGCACCGAAUACUCCGCGGAUAAAGAGUAACACUGUGCCAAGGCGAUGACAACCUGCGGACUUAACACCUCCCUGUUGUGUGACCCCAUAUUCAGCACCCCCAGCGGGAGAGCAAUAGGGAGCGCACCCCACCCUCCAAAUGUACUGUCUGGGGAGGGCGGCCUUUCCCUUACAUUGCUUAAUAAAUGGUUUGCUUGUCA